UUUCGAAAGUACAGAAACCAUUAUGCGUGAGGAUCUUGUGCAUAACCUACGUGACUCAGACGCAGCAAAGCCACAGCGGCGAUAGCCUGCAUAGUGUGGCUCCAUCAAGCUAAAUUAUCCUUUGGCAAUGGUGUCAGAUCCUGGAGACCACUGCACAGAGAACUCAAACUCAGUGGAAGUCUCUCAAGAAGUUGGAGCUAUGGAGCCUUCUCCAAACAAGGACACCGGAGGGCCUGAGACACUUGACCUUAGCCAUACAACAGAGAUGACCUCGAGCCCUGAUCUAUUAGAGGCAGAGGAGAGGGCCUUUGUUGAUAAUCUUUAUCGUUUCAUGAAGGAUCGAGGUACACCAAUUGAAAGAAUACCACAUCUUGGAUUUAAACAAAUUAAUCUGUGGAAAAUCUACAAAGCUGUCGAGGCCCUUGGGGGAUAUGACUCUGUGACAGCACGGCGGUUGUGGAAGAAUGUAUAUGAUGAACUAGGAGGAAGUCCAGGGAGUACGAGUGCAGCUACUUGUACCCGUAAACACUAUGAGAGGCUUGUUCUACCUUUUGAAAGACAGCUGAGAGGAGAGGAGUAUAAGCCCCUUCCUCCGUCUAAACCUCGAAAACUGUAUAAGAAGAGUCCGGACCUUAAGAGUGUCAAACCUGAGGCCAAGAGGAGGAGGAAACUGACUGAGACGGAAGAAAAGACACAUUCUAAGGAAACAGCUCAUCGUAGCCAUCUCUGUAAGCCAGGAACAUGCCCUCACAAUAGUCACUGGGCAGUUUAUCAGGACCAACCCCACCUAGAUUGCCCAGAAUCCCAAAACAAGUUUGGGGACCAUCAGACAACUGCUCUUGUGGUCCAUGAGUCUCACCAGGACAUCUCUGCCCCUGUGCCAUUAGGUUCCACUGGGGUAAUGUCUCCUUUGGAGAAAAAGAAGCUUCUGGCCCAAGCAAGCCUGUGUUUCCUGCAGAGUCCAAAAGCAGAAGACAGCUCAAGAAGGCCAACAGUUAUCCAGUGCUCUCCGACCCCUGGUUGUUCACUGCUAGGCAGAACCCAUAACUCUUCAGAUGGUUCCCCACUACCUCUCUCCUCACCCUCUGUCACAUGCUCUCGCAGCCCUUCACCUAACUCUGUUUCAUCUGAGGAAUGCUUAACAACGACUGAACCCAUCAGCUUAUCUACAGACACAAAGAAAAGCACACUGUCAAACCUUGCUGUUGCCCUCUCUACUCCUCCUUAUUCAGCACCCAGCUUUCCUGCAUUAUGCAAACCUCGAAGCUGUUACCCCACACAUCUGGGCAACCUUCACUUGCACCAUUACCAAGAUAUUCUUCAGGCAAGCCCAAAACAAUUGAACACCACCACUGCAAGUAAAAGCUACAGAGCCUCGUACACCUGGAGCCCUGAAAGCCACGGGGGGAGUUCUCAGCCCCCUAUUCUAAAACACCCCAUACUAACCCAGUCCUGGGUGUCCUCAGCUUCUAGUUUCACAAAAGUGAUGCCGAAAUCCAAGGAUGUUUUCUCUCCAGUGGCCCUCCACCCUUUUCACAAAGUCUUGCCUCUAACUCAUGAGCCAACCAAUAAAAUAUAUAUGAGAAAUGGUCAGGAAUUCAGUCAGUCCCCCAAGAAACUACGAGGGCUACCUCCUUUGCAUUUCAUAGACAAAAAAGAUAAAGCUAUGCAUGUCUUGCCAAAACCGCUGCCCAGUGUGCAGUAUAUAAAACAUUCUGCAGUAGUUCCUCAAGUACCUUACCAGGGGUCUGAGAACCAUCUGAAGUGUCUACAAGGUCAAAAUCCAGUUCAUUGUCCAACCCAUCUGCCAAUGCCUCAACUGAACCCACACCAACCACAUCUAAUGCCAGGUGUCACCAGCUUUUCUGCCCCAUAUGACUUUUCUCUUCAAUCAUACUCCUACACCCUACCAUUCUGGCCAUCCCCUACUGGUCUGUAUCCAUAUCCAUCCAAUACAAGACUCUGAUAAUAAAUUGUCCUACAAAAGGCAUAUCAGAGCGGAUGUUGGAAGUGACUGCCAUACAUGUUUCUGUGAUUGUUCGGAAGGUUUUCUAAAAUUUCACACAGACUUUUGUUAUUUUAGGUUUGAUCCUUAAUCCAUCCUGACAAUCAGAGACUAACUGUGUAUUAUUAUAUUGUAUGAUGUAGGUUAUGUUGGUCUUUUCACUUGCAUUGUUCAGAAUAUUGUACAUGUCUACACGGAAUGAGCAGAUCCGAUACUCACGAUCGGUAUCGGUCUGAUAUUGGCCAACAUUACUGCAUCAUAUACCGGAAAAUAAAAAAGGUUUUCAUAAAAAA